AUGGGGUGCGCGUCGGCGAGCUGGAUCGAGGCGGUGGUGGAUGAGGCGAGCGGACGGGUGCGAGCGCGAUGCGCGAGCGAGAGCGACGCGACUCGAGGAUACGGAACGUUGUUGUGCGAGGCGUUGAGCGGUGGGACGGUGGAUGAGUGCUUGGAGCUGGGAGAUGAUUUCGUGGACGCGAUGGAGAUCGGGAUCGGGUCCAAGGUGGAGAAGUCGCGAACGAAUGGGUUUAAGAAUAUGUUAGAGACGGCGAAGAAGCAGUUGCGAACGCUUCGAGCCGACGCCGGAGGGGAUCCGUUUCCGAGCUUGAUCGUCACCGCGGACGAAGUGCGAUCGCGUGGAUCGUUUGCGGCGUCGCAGGCGUCGUAUUUGGAGCCCGAUGCGGGCAAAGUGAAGGCUUUGGUCGAGGCGUUGUCGACGAAGAAGAUCGGCAUCGUGGCGCACUUUUACAUGGAUCCCGAGGUGCAAGGCAUUUUGAUGGCCGCAAAGGCGUCGUAUCCGCACAUCGCCAUCAGCGAUUCGCUCGUCAUGGCGGAUUUAGCGGUGAAGAUGGUCGAGGACGGGUGCGAGACGAUCGGGGUGUUGGGGGUGGAUUUCAUGUCUGAGAACGUUCGCGCCAUCAUCGACGAAGCCGGGCACGCGGACGCCAAGGUGUAUCGCAUGGCGGCGGAAGACAUCGGAUGCUCGCUCGCGGAAGCCGCACAGAGCGAAAGUUACGAUAGCUAUCUCGAAGAUGCGAGUAAGACGAAGAACUCGGUGCACGUGAUUUACAUCAACACUGGUUUGGACACCAAGGCGGCGGCGAAUGCGAAAAUUCCCACCAUCACGUGCACGUCUUCCAACGUCGUGGCGACGGUUUUGCAAGCCGCGGCGCAGAUUCCCGACGUGCACGUAUUUUACGGCCCCGAUACGUACAUGGGCGGGAACUUGGCCGAGCUCUUGCGUCGGAUGACGACGUGGGACGACGAGGACAUCAAGGCGAUGCAUCCGGCGCACGACAGAGAAACCGUCAAGGCGCUCUUGCCUCGUUUGAAGUACUUCAACGACGGCACGUGCAUGGUGCACGACAUGUUCGGCGAAGACGUUUGCAACACCGUGCGCGCGUUUUACGGCGAUGCGUACCAAACCGCGCACUUUGAAGUUCCCGGAGAAAUGUUCAAGCUCGCCAUGGAGGCGAAGGAUCGCGGGUUGGGCGUCGUCGGCUCGACGCAAAACAUCUUGGAUUACACGUGCGCGCGCGUGGACGAAGCCAUCGAGCGCGCGCUUCCCGAAGGCGAACGUUUGCGAUUCGUGCUCGGCACCGAGACUGGGAUGGUGACGUCCAUCGUGCGCGCGGUGCAGGCGCGUCUUCGCGCGGCGCGCGACGCGGGCGUUCGCGGCGUCGAAGCCGAAAUCGUCUUCCCAGUUUCCGCCGACGCCAUCACCGCCACGGGCGACGCGGAGAUCCCUGUCGUGCCCGGCGUCGUCGCGGGCGAAGGGUGCUCGCUCGACGGCGGGUGCGCGUCUUGUCCGUACAUGAAGAUGAACUCGUACGACGCGUUGAUGAAGAUGUGCGACAAAAUCGGCUCCGCCGCCGGCGAAGCCGUGCUCGCCGCGCAGGAGCCGCGCAAAUACGAAAGCGCGGACGGCGCGGGUCCAUCCAUCGCAUCGCAAGGAUGCGUUCCGAUCUUACACAUGCGGCAUUUCCAAAAGAACAAGACGUUUAGCGACGCGUUGGUCGAGGACAUCACCACUCGUUAA